AUGUCAGUUAGUCUAUCCAUACAAUUGAUGACUGUUGCCGCAGCGCUCAGUAGUCUUGAAUAUAGACAUAAAUUUACUGCCCGACACCAAACACCUAAAGCUGAAUACGAUUACAUAGUUAUCGGUUCGGGAACUGCCGGCGCAACAGUGGCCGCCCGACUCAGCGAACUAUCUAAUGUUGAGGUAUUACUUCUGGAAGCGGGUGGUCCGGGAAAUAUGAUGUUUGACGCACCGGCACUGGCAAACCUUCUGAUCGAUGGUCAAUGGAAUUGGAACUAUACUAAUGUUAAACAAUCGGUUGGUUUGGGAUUGAAAAAUAAAGUCAUACCAGAGCAUAGAGGCUAUGCACUGGGAGGUUCUUCAUCUAUUAGUUCAUUGGCAUACAAUAGAGGUAACCCACGGGGUUACGAUGCCUGGGCUAAUAAAUACGGUGCUACCGGUUGGGGUUGGGAUGGUGUGCGACCAUAUUUUUUAAAAUGGGAAAAUAAUACCGACACUGAUCUCGUAAAAACCUAUCCCGAGUGGCACAGCACUGGUGGUCCGGUUCAGGUCAGUACGUGGACAAACCCCGACCCGAUUUAUCAGUUAUUGAUCCGCGCGAACAACGAGUUAGGCUAUCCGACCACCGAUAUCAAUGGUCCCAAACAAUUAGGUGUAGCUCUAUGUCAAACAUAUGUCAGUACUAGUGGUGUCCGAAUGAGUUCGUCCAACUCAUACCUUGAGGGCAAUCGGAGGCCAAACCUUGAUAUUAGUGUCCAUUCGCGAGUAACUCGAGUGCUAUUUAAUGGUCACACGGCUACCGGUGUUGAGUAUGUAAGAGAUGGUCUCAAAAAUGUUGCAAAAGUGAAAAAAGAGAUUAUAAUAAGUGCAGGUGCUAUAAAUACCCCGCAGUUACUUAUGCUGUCAGGUAUAAGACCGGCAAAACAUUUGCGUAAAUUUUCCAUUAAAGUGUUGGCCGACCUACCCGUCGGUAUUGGUCUGCAGAAUCAUCCGCAACUUAAUAUACGAGCCUUUAUUAAAGAUGACUCAUUGGUCACAACCAGUCGACAACAGGACGCUGACUGUUCCCAAUCUAUACGAAUGGUUUACCAAUGCGACAAGAAUUGGCCGGACCUGGCAUUGGAGGUAUGGCUAGAAUAUCAAUCCAAUGAUAUCCAGUCAUCGGCACAAGAAUUCGAUAACGUAGACGACUGGACACACUAUCUGCAAGAGUACGCCAAUCGCUAUUACUUUACAAUGCUUCCCAUUCAUCUAAUGCCCCGAAGUCGUGGCUACGUAUACUUACAGUUCAACAAUCCAUUUGCUCCGCCGAUAAUAGAUCAACAAUUUUUGAUGCAUCCAAAAGAUAUGGACGAGUUUGUUGUGACCGUUCGGUACGCACUUUAUGUGGCCGAACGGUCAUCACUGGCACAAUACUUAUUGCCAUUGCAACCCAUACCCGGUUGUUAUGCCUGUCCGCACAAAUCAUAUCUAUAUGAAUGUGAUUCAUAUAUACGAUGUCACAUAAAACAGUUAACAGAGAGUGGUCUACACGACUGCUGUACCGUACGUAUGGGUGAUCCCAACAGUAAGGAUACAGUAUUGGAUCCGCGGCUACGCGUCAAAGGUUUCAAAAGACUGCGAGUGUGCGAUGCGUCGGUGUUUCCUAAUAUACCCAAUGCUAACACAAAUGCGGCCACUUUUAUGACCGGCGAAAAGUGUGCCGAAAUGAUCAAAGAGGAUAACUAUUAUGUAUUAUAACAAUUAUAUAACA